AAACAAAAACAAAAAAAAAACAAGUCGGUGAUCUUUUUGUUUGUCCUCUUUCUACAGAACAAGAAGUUUUUUCUUCUUCAUUUUUUUUGUCAUAUAUUCGAGAUUUUAAAGAUCUGAUUCUUUAUUUGUUUUAGAAGAGAAGAUUAAAUUAUAUAAAACGAGAGCAAAAAAAAGAUGGGUUUGGAUUAUUACGAUAUAUUGAAAGUGAAUAGGAACGCAACAGAGGAUGAUCUAAAGAAAUCUUACAGAAAAUUGGCUAUGAAAUGGCAUCCUGACAAAAACCCUAACACCAAAACAGAAGCUGAAGCCAAGUUUAAGCAAAUCUCUGAGGCUUAUGAGGUUUUGAGUGAUCCGCAGAAGCGAGCGGUGUAUGAUCAAUACGGGGAAGAAGGAUUAAGCGAUAUGCCACCUCCCGGGAGCACGGGAAACAAUGGAAGAGCGGGAGGUUUUAACCCUAGAAAUGCGGAAGAUAUAUUUGCAGAGUUCUUUGGAAGUAGUCCAUUUGGAUUUGGUUCAGCUGGUGGUCCUGGAAGGUCAAUGAGGUUUCAAUCAGACGGUGGAGGAGGAAUGUUUGGCGGGUUUGGUGGUGGAAACAACGGUAGCGAAAACAAUAUAUUCAGAACUUACAGUGAAGGCACUCCUGCGCCUAAGAAACCUCCACCGGUUGAGAGUAAAUUGCCUUGUAGCCUUGAAGAGUUGUAUUCUGGAUCAACUAGGAAAAUGAAGAUCUCUAGAUCCAUUGUUGAUGCUAAUGGGAGACAAGCGCAAGAGACAGAGAUUUUGACGAUUGUUGUGAAACCAGGAUGGAAAAAAGGGACAAAGAUAAAGUUUCCAGACAAAGGAAAUGAGCAAGUGAAUCAGUUACCAGCUGAUUUGGUGUUUGUAAUAGACGAGAAACCACAUGAUUUGUUCACGAGAGAUGGGAAUGAUCUCAUCACAAGCAGAAGAGUAACGCUUGCAGAAGCUAUAGGAGGAACAACUGUGAAUAUCAACACCCUCGAUGGGCGGAAUCUACCCGUUGGUGUCGCGGAAAUCGUGAGUCCCGGGUAUGAGUUUGUGGUUCCUGGAGAAGGGAUGCCAAUAGCUAAAGAACCAAGAAACAAAGGUGAUCUUAAGAUUAAGUUCGAUGUUCAGUUUCCCGCAAGAUUGACAACGGAGCAGAAAUCCGCUCUCAAGCGGGUCUUAGCGGGUUGAAGAACCGAGAUCUUUCUUCCUGUAAUCUGUACAAAUCCUUGAUUGUGUUGAGUUCAAACUUUUAUGCUUAAAAGACUCCAUUAUUCAAAGGUUUACAAUUCUAUAGAAACACUUAAAAGCCGAUGAUAGAGACGUCAAUAGACCUAACAAACUUUAAUUACACAAACGUAUUCACAAAGAUCAAAAUCCUCUGUUCCUACGUGCACUGUACUGUUGUUGCCUAGGUGCGUUUUGAUUGGCCUUCCAUCCACUCGGUGGUCCCGCAACAGGUCGUUGUGCUGGUGGUCUGGCCAUGGUUCCGCUAUGAAAUUGAGGACUCAAGUCAGGAGGUGGUGGUGGCAGUUGCGGUUGCCAUUCAGGAAUGUCGUCGUCAUCAUCAUCAUCAUGACCAUCC